AUGUGUACAGCACUCAUACAUUUGAAACACGCGGUAUGUAUCGUACGUACAGUCGUCUACUGUAAUGUACUGUACAUGUGCAAUACUUUUUCGAGCUUCAUUGCUGUUACACGUGUUCACGCCUCUUGCACCGUCGCGCAGCACAGGUACAAAAAAACAGAAUGCUCUUGUUCAUCACCGUCUGGGCUCACGAAGCUUGGCUGGCGUCGUCUCUCGAUGCGGCAUCGCCUUGACUUGUCAGAGACCUUCAGGAGUCAGAAGGGAGACCCUCGAGUGUACCGUAUGAUACAUGUGGUACAAAAGUCUCCAAGAGGGGUUUACCGCCGACAACCCUGCAUCGGCCGCACGGAAGUUCCUCUUGUCCGUAUUGUGGGCCGGUAG